GCUCUGAACGGCUUCGUCCUGGUGGUCACCUCUGAUGGGUCGGUGUUCUACUCCUCUUCUACCAUCAAGGACUACCUGGGCUUCCAUCAGUCGGACGUGGUCCAUCAGAGCGUGUUCGAGCUCAUCCACACGGACGACCGCGCCGUGUUCAGACAGCAGCUUCACUUCGCCCUCAAUCCCCCGACCGCCGCCGAUGGAGACGAGUCCUUUAAAGUCCUCUACAGUCCAGAGAAGCUGCCCCCCGAGAACUCGUCCUUCCUGGAGAGGAGCUUCGUGUGUCGUUUCCGCUGCCUGCUCGACAACUCGUCUGGAUUUCUGGCUCUGAAGUUCCAGGGCCGUCUGAAGUACCUCCAAGGUCAGAGGCUUUUAAAGGGGGCGUGUACCAAAGCUCAGCUGGCGCUGUUCGCCAUCGCCAUGCCGGUCCACACUCCGUCCAUCGUGGAGAUCCGGACUAAGACGCUCCUCUUUCAGAGCAAACACAAGCUGGACUUCACCCCGAUGAGCAUCGACAGCAGGGGGAAGGUUAUUCUGGGAUAUUCAGAGACUGAACUGUGUAUGAAAGGUUCUGGGUAUCAGUUCAUCCACGCAGCUGACAUGAUGCACUGCGCAGACAAUCACAUCCGCAUGAUUAAAACAGGAGAGAGCGGUUUGACCGUGUUUCGGCUCCUCAGUAAAACCGGUGGUUGGGUUUGGGUGAAGUCGAACGCCAAGCUGAUCUUCAAAGGAGGUCGACCAGAGUUCAUCAUCGCGUAUCAGAAAGCCAUCAUGAACGCUGAGGGGGAGGAGUAUCUGCGUCAGCGGCGGCUGCAGCUCCCGUUCAGCUUCACCACGGGGGAGGCGCUCUUCUACAACACCGGCGCCACCAUGGACAUCAAGGAGUUCCAGUUCAACCAAAUGUUUGGCAGUGACGACGUGAGCAAAGAGGGCGCCCCCAGCUCCCUGCUGGACUGCUUCCUGAGACAGGACGAGGCGGCCUACUCCGAGACCAUCGACCCGCCCGUCCCUGUGGAUCAGGUGUUCAUGGACACCCACGCGCUGGUCAGCGUCCCCAGUGACGGCUGGCGGGACAGCAGGCCAGUCGCCAGCACGGAGAACCCCGUGGUGGUGAAGGAGGAGGCCAAACAGUCCGUCAUGGCGGUGAUCGACAACCUGGAAAAAAUGGCGCAGAACAACGCUUUCUGUGAGGUGAUGCAGAAUCUGGACAUGGAGGAGGCGGAGCUUAUGGAGCUGGAGAACACCCUGAAGGGUUUGAGUCAGGAGGAUCUCCAGCAGAACAACAUGAGCUCGGAGCUGGACAGCAUCCUCACUAACGACAUCUUUGACUACAUCGAUAACGUUCUGUUCAAGGAGAAGGGGGAGGAGUGUCUGAGCGGCGUUCCUCCCGCCUGCCUCUCCGCCAACAACGACCACCAGCGGGAUCUCUUCCCCGAGGUCUCUGGUGGACUCUGUGACCCGCUGUUGUUUCAGGCGCAGAGUCCCGAUCACACUUACGACCCCCUGAGCGGCGCCUACGCUCACCAUCAGGAUGUAAACACUCAGAGACUCUCCCACCUCGGCCCCCCCUCGCUCCGAGCCGCCUCCCCGCCCCCCCUUCAGGCUCUGCAGCUCCACGAUAUCUACAGCCCGUCCAUCGAGCUCCCGGAGCUCACGCUUCCUGAUCCCUCCGCCCCCUUUCAGUCCUGUGGGCCGGCCUCUAACGGCCUCAUGAACUUCUCUCACGGCGUUCUCCCGUCUCCUCAGAACGGUUUUCAGAAUCCACCAAACAGACUCUUCCUGCAGAGCUCGCUGAAGCCCCCGACCCGUGUAGCGCCCAGUGUAACAGACGCCAUGCCCCCCCUGAUCCCAUGCAAUGACUUCAACUCCACCCCUAAAAUCCCCCUCUCGUUCACCACAGGGUGUCUCCAGGGAAGCCCCCCUCUGGGACCCCUCAGCCAGCAGGUCCAGCAGGUCCAGCAGGUCCAGCAGUGGCCGCAGCAGCAGACUCACCUUGGCGUCAGCGUCAUGCAGAAGGCACACGAGCAGAUGGCGGCGUGCCACAGCCAGACUCCAGAGACCCUCCCACAUGCUGGACUCUGGCAGAGGGGGGGUGCAGGACUGAGCCAUGUUCAGCAGGGGGGGCUAGCAUGCGGACAGGCGGCCGCUCAAAGCAGCUGCAUGUUCAACCAGAACUUUUCCUCCAGUCCAGCAGGGGGCGCCGCCCUGUCUCUCGCCGGGUCUGCAGGCCUGAGGGGGGUCGACGGGACUCUGGAUCAGAGUCCUCCACAGGGCUCCUGCUACUUCCAGUGGAGCCACAGCGAGCCGGUGGUGGGAACGUCCGCCAUCGACCAGAAGAGCGUCGACAUCAGCCCACUGACGGCGCCGCCCAACACGUCGUCGUCCUCCGAGCGCGCGCUCAACAUUCAGCACUACCUGGACCGCCACAGACCGGCACAAGUCAACAUGUUCCACUCAGGAUGAACGACUUGCCGCUGGACGCCACGGGCUUCUAUGUCUCGCUCGAGACGUGGCCGUGUACCCGCCGCAGUGAAGUCUCGUUUCUAUAGCAACGCAUCCAGAGGAAGUGCAGAAGACAGAAAAAGACAAACAGUAUAAUCGCCUGUAUCAGAGCUUCAUCACGGGCGCCCCCACUCGUGGUCAUUUUAUAUCCGUUUGUAUUUCGUCCUGUUGUUGUUGUUGUUGUUGUUGUUGUUGUUGUUGUUGUUUUAAAGAUUCACUUUAUUCAUAAUGAAGUAAAAAAAGCCACAAGUGCAUUUACCAGGACGGAGCGAGAGCCAGCUGAGAGACGGUCGCUCAUCCAAAAAGCCAAAGAAACUCGUUCUAAAGGGAAACUCGCCGAAUUCAGCCGAUUAUUGACCAAGUCAACUAAAAAGCUGAAGAGUGGAGACGCUCUCUCGAAGCGUUUAUAAAAGUCUGUGUAAAGAAAAGAGGUCGAGACAUGUUUAAAGUUACUCAGAGAUGAAACAGGAAGUCCUUCUCGCUGUUUCCUGUUUAUAAAUGUAACGUAAUGACGCCGCAAACACCCGUAAAUCUUAUCAGCUCGUGAUAAAUGUUUUAACCAGAGUCACUCAGAGGAAAUGUUUCAGAAGACAUCAGAACUUAGAACCAGAAUCUGAGAAAAUCUUAGACCAUCCCCCCAUGCUCCUUAAAGGUCGACCUCCUGCAUGCUACCAAACGCCCUGACCGACGCCAUUAGGCCGACACGCGUUUUCUCUCCUUUCUGAUUUAGCCACGCCCCCUCAAGUGUUCCUGUUGCAGCUGGAGCAUGUUUCAGUCUUCAUCUCUCUCUCCUGCUGAGUCCAGGAAGAGGACGCUGAUCUUAGUGGUCCUGAACCGGCUCCACAUGGUGUGGAGGGUUUUUUUGGGGGGGAGGGGGGUAACGGCUCUCCUGAAUGGGACGGGAGACUUUCUGAGACGUAGACCAAAGACUGUUCAGAUUUUAAUAACAAACAUAGAAAUGCAUCUCUUUACUCCAGCUGCUAAAGUUAAAAAAACAAACAAAUGAAAUCUUAGAUAAGAGCUCUGAGGAACACCUUCUGCUAAACGUCUCUUCAGUGCCAAGAUGUUCUUCAUACUGCGCCGGGCUGUAGGCUGACCUCCAGUCGCUGGUUAUUCACAGCUGGAGGUCGAUCUUUAAUCCAGAUGUUAUUUUACCUGAGCCGUCCAAACAGAACACGUUUACACAGCUGGUUAUAAAAAAACAUCUUUAACCCUCAGGCAUCAUGAUGGACAUUUCUGUCCAUUUGGUCAAAUGUUUCCUCUUCAUCUGCUCAUCAUUUUGUCUGUUAGUGCAUAUGGAACACAUUUAUUGUAAGAAAGUUUCUCUCUUGACAAAUUUUGGUAUGCACAUUUUUUUUAGUAGAUCAAUAGAACACUGAAACAUGUUUAUUCCCCUCUGAAGUCACUAAGGACAAAAAUAUC